CAAAACACCUGCUUCCAUGGUUCCAAAUAUACAGGACUACCUUUACAAAAAAGUUACAAUAGGCAGUGAGAUUGUCACCUACCGUGUCUUAAGUCGCGAAUUCUCUAUACACGUCAAUGAGGCGAAGAGGGAACUGGAGAGGUUUCAUUCAUUCUCAUUAAAGGGUCCUACUCCUGUACAUGCAACGUACCUACUUGCGGGAGUGCCGGAAGCCACAUUCCAAGACACAAGCAUUCCAACGACUGAGGACACUCACGAGAAAGCGCUUUUUACUCGAUCCCUAUCCCAUUCCUCUAUUAUGCUUGUUCGCGGGGAGAAUCUGGAAAAAAUAAAAUCUCAGUUCACUCGAAUAAGCUCCAUACACAUAUACGGCAUAUCCCCGUCUACUCUAACUGAUCCCGUUCUCCUUACUACGACAGCACCGGGGGUCCGAAGCAAGGACGAUGCCUCCCGAAAUCCCGAAUAUGCCAAGUUAAUUGGCACGACACUUAACCCACACUGGAAUGAGACGAUAAAGGGGAAAAUGAUGGCCGAGCCUAUAAAACCAGCAUCCAAGGCAGUGCCGAAGCCUUCCGGCUUUGCUCCAACGCCUCCAGCUGGCCCCAAGGUUACUGAGGGUGCGUCGACCAAAUUACCGAAAGCCGAGGAAAAGAAGAGGACAGGGACGCUUGACUGGGGAAAAACGAAGACGAAGGCAAUAGAGGAGAACAAGGAUGGUGAAGGGGCCACGAGCGCAAGAUCUGUGUUAGCUGAGCGUAGCCCUUCGUCCUCUAAGACUUUCGGAGCCGAUGGGCCCUCACCUAUGCUCAUUGAGCCGUCCUCUGGGGACCCCACUCCUCCUACAAGAACGGCAUCUGGUCGCCGGCUGCGAAAACGUAUCCUUCUCUCGGAUGAAGAAGUUGACGAAGAUCCGAAAACUACCGCCAAGGUUUCUCCACCAAAGAAGAGGAAAUCCGUUGCUCCGGAAGCCAGCGACGACGAUUCGAUGGCCGGUGUUUCAAAGAAACUGAAGGGCUCGAGAUUAAUGGUCACUUCCGAUGAAGAACAUUAUGCCCCGGGGUCUGCCCAAGAGCGAAAGGUAUCCCACGGUGAUGAGUCUGAGAGUAGCGGACCCGAACACACCCCCCUCAGUGCCAGCGAGCUCCGUCGUAAGAUGCAAGACCCUCGGUUCAAGGCCGAGAGGAUAAAGGAAAAGCAGAAGAACAAGUCUUUUGGCAUCGAUGUUUCAGCUGCCAAAGGAAAGCAAGAGGCCGCACGCGCAGCACGGAAGAAAGCGCCCAAGGGGAAAAGGAAAGUUCAGAAGACUAGGACUUACAAAGAUGCCAAGGGAAGGACUGUCACGGAAGACUACUCAUCUUUCGAGUCAGAUGAAGAACCCAAGACAUCUGAAGCCACAUCCGGACCGAAUUCCACUGGGACAGGAACAAAAGUAGCUCAUGGACAAGCGACUGGCAACACCAGCAUUGACCCCAAACCUGCUACAAGGACAAAAGCGUCCACGAACGAUGAGAAGAAACUACCUAUCCAGAAGAAAACACCGGUGGAUCCAUCCACGAAAUCAAAUGUCAAGCCGCGAAAUAGCGGUCAACAGACGCUUGCUGGGUUCUUCAAGAAGUGACUUCACAUCAAGGUUUGCAAUGAGUGGGUAUUCUACGAUCAACUUUUGAUUCUACGGAUCGGACUUUGUUCCACCUCGAUGAGAGGAUACAAAUGUUGAAUGUUUGUACGCG